AUGGGAUUAUAUUCAUUAGAAAUCGAAUCAAUGCAAUAUUUCUUCCCAAGUUACAAAGUCGAUAUUUUAGGUGGUAAAAAAUCAAUUAAAGUAAGAGCAGCUGAAAAUGAAACUGCAGUUUUACCAUUACCAUUAAAAAUUAAAGCAGUUCACAAGAUACCAUAUUUCCAACAACAUGUUCCAUUUAGCAUUUUCGGUAUAAUUCAAAAUCCAAUGAUUAUUUCAACUUUAUUACCAGUAUUUUUAAUUUUUGCACUUCCAAAAAUGACAUCAUUCAUUACAAAUGAUGAAGAAACUCGUGAAACAUUAAAAGCAUCACAACCAACAUUAAUCCAACAAGUCCCAGAAUUACCAAAGUUUAAAGUUAUAACAAAUAAGUUAAUAGAAUAA